AUGACGGUGACCACGUCGGCAAUGUCUGAAAAUGUCAGCACUGAUAAGAUCGGUGCACCUCCGGAAGCUUCCAGGGCUCAUGUGCUCUGUUCCACCUGCAGCUGUAUGGAAUACAGAGUGGAAGUAAGAUCAUCGUGGCUCGACGAGGCGACGGACGACGUAGAGGAGGUCGGUCUGGUGGUCACUGGUACGGACGAGGAAGCCGUCGGCUGUGACAGAGAUGAUGAUGGAGACGAAGAGGUUCUAACCGAAGCGGAUGUCACUAAGGUGGAAGAAGCAGAGGAGGUCGUAGAACCAUUGGAGGAAGUCGUGGUGUUAGCGACAGAGGAGCGGGAGAUUGAAGUGAUGGAGGAGAAGGUGGGGGAGGAAGAUGAUGAUGAGGUAGUGAUGGAGAUUGAGGCUGAGGAGGAAGGGGAGGUAGUGGUAAUAUCGGUCCCAGAGGUGAUGCUGCUGCCAGAUGUUGAUACGGGGGAGAUGAGACUUCCAGAUGAUGCAGCAGAGGAUGCGAUAAGAUUCGUAGUGGAGUCAACAGAAGGGACAUCAGUCGAAGGAACUGAGCUCGAGGUGGUCAAAGCCAUAGUAGAGAAAAUGAUAGGACUGGUCGUAGUUGAUGCAGAAGCAGACAAGCUUUGGCUGGACAUGGUUGAACUGAAUGUUGUGAGGCUCGGAGCCGAGACGGUUGAGACGAGACUGCCUUCUGGGAUAGUAGAUGUGAAGGCUGUAGUGUCCAGUGAGAGUGACGGAACGGACGAGGUAGACAAGGUAGACAAGGUAGGCGAGGAAGAGGAGAUGAAAGCAUCAGUUGAGGUGGUGGAUGGGGUUGUAGAGGGGGAGGUGAGUGGCGGCAGUUCAAGAAAAGUCGAUGUGGUUAGAGAGUUGAUCGAGGGUAGGGCGGACGAGGUAAGUGUUGUCCUAGUAGUCAGAAAGGCAGUAUUUGGCACUCAUCAAGGGACUCACUGGGUAGUUGAGGAGGAGGUCGAGGAGAUGGUCAAGGACGCCGUCAGAGUAAAUGUGGUCAACGAAGAGACCAAAGGGUCGCUAAACCUCAGCUAUCCGAGCCGCAAUUCCAGGUUGAGAUACUCACCUAGUGCUCUCCGUCGUAGGUGCCAAGCUGGCGAUAGUGUCCGUGGUGACUAA